AUGUCUGACAACAUGGAAUUGGAUGAAAACAACAGGGUAAGAAGAGGAGGGCCGUUGCGUGCGAGAAUUGGUAGCCGGUUUGAGUCUCGUGGUCGAGGUCCACGUGAGCAUGAGUCGAAAUCUAAUAGAGUCUACGAAAAUACGAUCUUUGUUGGAAACCUUCCUUAUCAUACCACUUGGUACGAUUUGAAGGACCUUUUUCGCGAAGUCGGUGAAGUCGUGCGUGCAGAUGUGGUCACUUCUCGCGGAAGAUCCCGCGGAAUGGGAACUGUUGAGUUUGCCAACAAGGAUCUUGUUCAAGAGGCAAUUUCCAAGUUUGACCGCACAAUGUACGAGGGCCGGGAGAUUUUUGUUAGGGAAGAUCUCCCUCCCCCAGAAAAAGAGACCCCUGUUCGUGAGGAAAGAAGACGAAAUGCUCCUCCUCCUCCAGCCGAAGGAUAUGAGGUAUUCAUUGGAAAUUUGCCAUUCAGUGUGAGAUGGCAAGACCUCAAAGACUUAUUUAAAAGCUGCGGUCCAAUUAUUCGUGCUGACGUGAGAGAAGAUCAUAGAGGACGUUCUAAGGGAUUUGGUACUGUGAUUUUUGAGAACUCUGAGGACGCAGACAGGGCAAUUGCUGAUUUCAACGGCUACGAUAUGGAUGGAAGACGCAUUGAGGUGAGACUUGGAAAACAGUUCAAUAAAGAACCCCAGGGACCAACCGAAUCUAGAAACUCCGAGUUUGUCGCUGGUGUUGUGGGACAGGGUGAACCAAACGACACCAUUUUCGCGGACAAUUUGCCAUGGGAGACGUCUGAGACGGAUCUCUAUGAUCUUUUUGGAAGUAUCGCUUCAGUCAAGCGUGCUGAACUGCAAUUUGAUGAUCUAAACAGACCGGCGGGAAGUGCUGUUGUUCAAUUCCAGGAACUUGACGGCGCCAUUGCGGCAGUCAACCAGCUAGACAACUACGAAUACGGCAGGAGACGCCUUCAUGUCUCUUUUGCCAAGAAAGGAGAUACCGUUUCCACUGAGCAAAAUAUGGACGUGGAGGCAGAAUCUUCUCAUCAGCCCGGUGCAGAUUCCGAGCCUGGUCCAGAAGUUCCAGCCGUCGAGCCAACAGAGGCCGAUGAACCGGCACCUGAACAAGAGAUGGAAGAGGACCACAUUGAAGAGUAA